AAUCAAUGCAACGACCCCCAUGCGAGUGCCCACAUUGGCUGGCUGUGGUUCGAUACAGUGGUUUCCGGGCUUUUCUGUUUAGUGCGAGCCCAAAGCGUUCUAGCAAUCUUGGACUCUCCCCUUUUUCCCUUUUGUCCCUUUCACAAUCCACCAAACGCUCGACUUUGGUGUUGGUUCGUCACUCGCUUUCGGAAUUUGUUUGAAUACAGUCAUUCGUUUUUGUAUUCAGCUAAUAAUACUUUUCUCACUCCCCGCGGUUUGUUUCAUUGCUGGUCGCUCGCUCGCUGGAAACACUCCCAGAUAGUCGUCAAGCAACACAUUCACGGCUGGCUGCUUGUUUGCUGCAAAAACGUUCACUUUCGUUCCAACACUUGAUCCAUCAGCUCCGGUGAGAUCAGGCGGGGGGGAAAAAUAGAAAGAAAACAAAAACGCCAGUCGCAUACCAGACGAUACGAAACGACGACCGAGCCGGCUUGAGACAAUUACACGCCAGGCAAACUCCUCAUCAGUUUUGCCUUGUUUGGACCUUUUCUCGCUCACCCAUCCCGUUACAUCUUCUUGGUUAACAGCCACUUUCGUGUCACAACUUCGAAAUGAAGCUCCAGAUAUCGGCAAUUAAGACGGCAGCCAUGCUGCUGUCGCUGUCUUCCGUCGCAUCAGCCUGGCCCGGGUGGCUGCCGGAAGCUGGCGCCAUAGUCGCGAGACAAGACAGCUCUCCCACCCCGACAGCAACGCAGACGUCCUCGAAGUCAGCCACUGGCAGCGAAACCCAGAAUACCGGCUCGAUCACGCAGACCGGCAAGUCAACAGCCACCGGCAAGCCCUCCGGAAAUAGCACUCGCACCCAGUUCGAUCCCCAAGAUCCCGCGGGACAAGUGGUCAUGAUCACACCCGCUCCCACUGCCGGCACGCAAUUGGUCAAGGUCGGCGACUGGGUAACAUGGGGAUGGAACUACACCAACCUUCAAGCUCCCCCAACUGCUAUCGACGUGCUCAUCAGCUGCAGCCAGGCCACUCGAACAUGGACCUUGACCCAGAAUAUGACUUAUGCCACCAAGGCCGACUUCCUCUGGGAUUCGAGCAACGACGGUGGGCAACCUUUCGUGGUGGCCGAGUACACUCUCCUUAUUCAUGACUCGGACGGCGGUAUCAAGGCAUCGGCUGACCCAGGUUAUCUGGCUCCCUUCGCCGGCUACAAGUUUGGCAUGUACACCAUGGCUGCCUACACUCCCCUGGCCUCCGGGUGGAGGUGCGUCUCUUGCAGCGGCGCCAUGUCCGGUGUUGACAAGGGUGCUUGGGGUUUUGCCCUGAUGACUAGCGCCAUAACCGUGAUGACCUUCACCUGGUUCGUCACCGGAGUCGGCUUCACUCUGUGAUGGAAAUUAUAUCAUGCUGAGCUGAAGUUCCCCUAUCCUUAUCUUCCCUUCAGCUCGUGAUUUCGCCCUUGGCAUUUUUGCGUGCAAACAAAGGACUAUCCUUUGUGCAAUAUCUGAUAUUUUAAUACGAGGGCACGGAGUUGUGAUUUAUGGGUCAAGUAAUGAAAGGCGUUGGGCACAUGCAUACUUUUUCUUGUCUAGGUUGUGUUUGCAUCGCCGUUUAAAACAUGGCAAAUCGGACGAAUCUCAUGUGGGAGUUGGUUGCAAACAAUCUAUCUGACAAAUUGUAGAAACGGGGAGAAGAUCUGGAGUGUGGAUCAUUAUCUGGAUCAUAUAUCUCAUGGUUUACUUUAAGAGAAAAGAAUUGAGACGAUAUGUAUAGCAUCCUCAGGGACAAUCCCAGACAAUCGAAUAUUAAUUUUCCGAAGCAGUAGUCAUGCCUCGCAUCUG